AUGGCUACCGUUACCUCUCCAACGUCGGCUCAGCCUACUGUUUUCCCUCAUAGCCAUGUUGGUUUCGACAGUAUCACUUCUCAGAUUGAGCGGAAACUUUUGAAGCGUGGCUUCCAGUUCAAUGUCAUGUGUGUUGGUCAAACUGGUCUUGGAAAAUCUACCCUUGUCAACACUAUCUUCGCAUCCCACCUGAUUGACUCUAAGGGUCGUUUGACCCCCACUGAGCCCGUUCGCUCUACAACAGAGAUUCAGACUGUGUCGCACAUCAUCGAGGAGAACGGCGUUCGUCUUCGCUUGAACAUUGUCGACACACCUGGUUACGGUGAUCAGGUUAACAAUGAUCGAUGCUGGGACCCCAUUGUCAAGUACAUCAAGGAUCAACACUCGGCAUACCUCCGCAAGGAACUCACUGCUCAGCGUGAGCGUUACAUCCAAGAUACCCGUAUUCACUGCUGCUUGUUUUUCAUCCAGCCCUCUGGUCAUGCCCUUAAGCCCAUCGAUAUUGUUGUCCUCAAGAAGCUGUCCGAUGUCGUCAAUGUCGUUCCAGUUAUUGCCAAGUCCGAUUCCCUCACUCUUGAUGAGCGCCUGGCGUUCAAAGAGCGCAUCAAGGAAGAAUUCGCCUUCCACAACCUGAAGAUGUACCCUUACGAUAAUGACGAGCUCGAUGAUGAGGAGCGUGCCAUCAACGCCCAGAUCAAGGACAUCAUUCCUUUCUCCGUUGUCGGCAGUGAGAAGACGAUCGUUGUCAACGGCAAGCAGGUUCGCGGCCGCCAGAACCGCUGGGGUGUCAUCAACGUCGAGGACGAGAACCACUGUGAAUUUGUCUACCUCCGCAACUUCCUGACCCGCACCCACCUCCAGGACCUGGUCGAGACCACCAGCCAGAUCCACUACGAGACCUUCCGUGCCAAGCAGCUCCUGGCCCUCAAGGAGAGCAGCGGUGCCGGUGGUCACACCGGUGGCAGCCGGCCCAUCAGCCCCUCGGCGGACCGUGAGCUGAGCCGCAACUCCCAGCGCGCCGCCAUGAACGGAUACUAA